AUUACAACAACAAAGUUACGAACUUGCACCAUUUCAACAAGCUAAAAGAUAAGCAGUUGGCUUCAGUUGCAAAUAUUUAAGCACGGAGGCGAACAUGUACAUGUAUUAGCACAGAUUUUUAAUUCUGUUGCGAAAAGGAGAACUUAAUUACUCAGACGUAUCAAUUCAAUAUAACCAUAUCGCUAAGGCAGAAUAAUUAAUCAUGAUUCACGUCGGCGAGAAUUCUUGGAAUCUGCGGAUUUUUAUUACAGAUCUACGCAUUGAGAAGACCUUGCGUGUACGUGGUGAUCAACAUAUAGGAGGAAUAAUGCUUCAGUUGGUUGAACCAGAAAAUCCUAAAGAUUGGUCAGAUCAUGCUCUUUGGUGGCCUGCAAAGAAUGUUUGGUUGACGCGAACACGUUCUACUUUAGAUCAAGUGGGUGUCCAUGCCGACUGUGUACUCCAUUUCACGCCAAUGCAUAAGACUUUAAGAGUUCAGUUACCGGAUCUUCGUUACUUGGACUGUAGGGUGGAUUUCUCUAUUAAAACAUUUGCUUCAGUAGUCAAUUUAUGUAAAGCACUUGAUAUUCGAUAUCCUGAAGAACUGUCAUUUUGCAAACCUAUCGAGUCAGACCAUCUUAAAAAGAAUUAUUCAAAGCUACCGCAAAAACCUAUACCCGUACCGGAUCCGGAUGGAACGACAUACCUGCAUCCUGCUCCGGAUACAAAUUCGUUUAUCCCCAUAAAUUCAGCCUUCAACGGUAGUAACAGUAGCCUUGAUAAUCACCAAAAUGAGAACUUUUUGUGUGCUCCAGUUUCCCCCUAUACACCCCGUCGGGGUCCCAGUGGCACUGCUCCAAGCACACCAAUCAGCUCCCCAACUGGUACAUGGAAACAAAGUAACAAUGGAUAUACAACAAUUGAUUCAUCUUCCAGUCUUGGGGACAUUCAAGAAAAUUUGGCUUUCUCUCCCAGAUCCCCGAGUCCAGAUGUACGUGCAAGACUUUUACGUCCGCGCUCUUUAAUAGAAAAAGCACGCAUGAAUGUAGGUUGGUUGGACUCAUCUCUUUCCAUAAUGGAACAAGGUAUUCGUGAAUAUGACACCCUCUCUCUGCGUUUUAAAUAUUACACAUUUUUCGACAUAAACCCAAAAUACGAUCAGGUGCGAAUAAAUCAAUUGUACGAACAGGCGAAAUGGUCUAUCUUAAAUGAGGAACUCGAGAGCACUGAAGAAGAAUCACUCAUGUUUGCUGCCCUCCAGUUUCAAAUAAAUUACCAAGCUGAUUCACAUUCAACCAGCCUUGACGUGGUAGAUACUGGCAAUGGCGAUAAUGGGACAUACGAUGAUAUUGAUACAGCACUUAACGAAUUGCAAAUAACAUUAGAAGGCCCAAAUUCUUCUACAGAAGUCAACAAUAUCACAAAAAUUCCAGAACUUUCAGAUUAUUUGAGAUUUCUUAAACCCCGCAAAUUUACCUUGAGAGGUUAUAAACGAUAUUUCUUUGCUUAUCGGGAUCUCCAUCUUCAUUUAUAUAAAACCGCCGAUGAUUCACGUCGGGGAGCUCCGGAAUUGACAAUAAACUUGCGAGGAUGCGAAGUAACUCCUGAUGUAAAUUUAGCUCAGGGAAAAUUUUCCAUUCGUUUGGAAGUGUCUCCAGAGGGUCAUAGCGGUCCAAACAGCGAGGUAUGGAUACGUUGCGACACAGAAGAGCAGUAUGCAAGGUGGAUGGCUGCCUGUCGGCUAGCAUCAAAAGGCCGUUCUCUGGCUGACAGCUCUUACGAAAAUGAGGUUACCAGUAUUCGGUCCUUCCUUAGCAUGCAGAAACCAGUACAGGGAGUGGCCGUUAAUGUAGACCCACGAAGUAUUGAUGCCAAUGACUACUUGUCGCCGAGAAUGCUGCGAAAAAUGUCUGGUAAGGCAUCACAACGAAUUUUGGAAGCUCAUGCAAAUGUACGUAAGUUGGCAUUGUUAGAGGCAAAGCUAAAAUAUAUUGAAGCCUGGAAGUCAUUGCCUGAUUUUGGAGUAACCCUGUUUGUUAUUAAAUUUGAUGGACAUAAGAAGGAAGAGCUCCUUGGUGUAGCCCAUAACCGAAUCAUGCGAAUGGAUCUUAACUCGGGUGAUCACAUUAAAACGUGGCGAUACAACACGAUGAAGGCCUGGAAUGUUAAUUGGGGUAUAAAGUGUAUGAUGAUACAAUUCCAUGACGAAACCGUUGUGUUCUCCUGUCAGUCGGCAGAUUGCAAAGUCGUUCAUGAGUUUAUUGGCGGGUACAUAUUUAUGUCAAUGCGCUCAAAGGAAAAUAAUCAAACUUUAAAUGAAGAACUCUUUCACAAAUUAACCGGUGGAUGGGCCUAAAAUAGGAAAUGUAGUCGUCAUCCAGUUUCAGGAAUACAUAUGUAUGUAUAUUAUGACAACACUUACAGUCUGUUGAUGACUUUAAAUGCACAAAAAAAAAUGUUUGUAAAACGAAAAAAUUUAUUUUUCGGUUAUUCGAAAAGGACAUAUAUAUAUUUUAUAAUUGAUUAUGAAAUAGUAUGUAACGUACCAUGGUAACCUUUAUGAACACUGAAUAAUAUUCGUUUUACUGGAUUACGCUGCGUUUUGUUCCGGUAUGCCUGCCUAUAUGCCAUCUUAAGGUAUAAAAAAAGAUCUAAAGCCAAACUAAAUUAAUUCGAUGAUUGAAAUAUGUAUUUCUGAGGUGCCUUACUAUAAAGUUUGUAUUUAAAGUCUUCGUGCCUCUUAUGCUGUACAACUCUUUUUCUAACAUAUUACCAGUUCUAAGAGCUCGUGCCUAUCGAAAAAGUGCAAAAAAGCUAAAGUAUAUGUAUCUAAAAUUUUAACAAUUUAUACACUAAUUUUUUAAACAAAAUACUUAAACGUUCAAAUGGAAAAUAUACUUGUAUUAUUUUAAUUAAAUAUUGUUUAUAACUAUGUGUUAUAUCUCGAAAUAACUAAUAAAUUCUGUUUUUUAUCUCUAUGUA